AUGGAAGUUCAAGCCAGCGGAAGUUCUUCUAGCAAUAUUAUUCCAGAAAUUCACGACUCUGUCUUUUCAUAUAAAACGGUUCCGCAUGAAAACUUCUUCAACAAUAGUAGUAUUCUUCUAAAAUUAGAAGAGGAUGGAUUUACAACUUCCGAUGGAAAGGCAAAAGAACUUAUUAAAGAAUUGACCGACAUCAAAUAUUUAUAUGCAUUAAAAUUACUUUUUGAAAAUUUACAAAAUGAUUUUUCACCUCAAAUUCUUCGAGACACUUUAGUUGCAUUGGCGGAUCCAACCCCAUUCGAUUUUUAUGCAAAACAAAGUGUGACUAGAUUGGAGUUACAUUUAAGAACUUGGGUAACAGUCUUAGAACGGAUAUGCUUUUCGCCAAUAGUACUUAGUAAAGAACUUCGAGAUAAAAUUUAUAAUUCUUUAUCAAAAUUUGCAGAAAUUCAUCGUAAAACAACACAAGUUAUUGAAAUAGGACUUAAUAAUAAUUUUAGAUCAAAAUUUAACCAAUUUAAUAAACAGAGCAAUGAUCAAGAUGAUCAAAUUAUAACUAAAAAGCGUAAUUAUAACAUUGACUUCUUAUUAAUCCACUUACGAGACACAUUACAUAGUUUGCGUGAUGAUGAAACUUGGUUCCAAGAAAUUAUACGAAGAACCAAAAAUUUACUUAAAACUGCAUUGAAUAUCACACCAGGAAUUUUAACAAUAACAGGCGUUAAUCUUCAAUGA